UUUAUGUCCAACAGAAACAAGAAGUCCAAAAGUCCACAAGUUCAAUAACCCAAAAGUUUUGACAAGGAUCUUAUGAAAUAUUUGAUAUUUUAGAAAAUUGUCAAACCACAAGUACCAGCUGAAUUGAUUAUGAAAACAUAACCAGAUGAGGAUUCUGAAGUCGAAGAUUUCAAACUCGAAAUAGAAAUGAAGUAAUUGCACACUCAUUUUAAUUCUAGGUUCAGAACCUGCAAAAUCAACCAAACCUUCAAAUUUCCUAAAGAGUAAUAUGAAUCCUCAUCAGACACAUCCUUGCAAUCCCUAAAAGAUGUUACAACCUAUAACCUCAAUUGUGAUAAUCUGGAUCGAUUGACUGAUGCUACUCAACCCCAUUUCAUGAAGGCUCUCAAUGAGAGAUUAAUCAAAUUGACAGAUCAGAUUGUAGAAGAAACACAACCUAAAACUAAGCAGUUCAACUAUGCUCCCAAUUUGAAGUCCUCCAGGUUUAAGGAAUUUAUAAUUUAGAAUGUAGAAGUUACGUGGAACCAAUAUAUCCAAUACUUCAAUUACUAAGCCCACAGAGUUAUCUGUGAAUGCAGCAAGUCAGAGUCAGGGCAGGGAAAGUGUCAUCACCAAACCUUCAUCGAAUCUCGGAUUCAGGGCUACUCCCACUUUGUCUUCUGAGAAGAAAAACAAAUCCAAAUAUAUUCAGCAAAUCCUGAAGAUCACUCAACAGAAACAGAUGAACAAUUAGAAGUAAUUCCAUUGUAGAUUUAUAGCAUAGGUGGAACCUUCUAUAAGAGAACUCCUUAAGUUAACAACAAUUACAUCAACAUCAAUUAAAACAUUAAUAAUAGCAUAGUUGUAAAUGGGAAAAAGAAUUUCCAGGAAAUCAGGAUCAAAACUGAACAGGAUGAACCCGAAAUUAGUUUAUAACAGUACUAGGUUGUACCCAAUUCCAGGUAUUUGCUAUUAAUUAUGUAAUAAAACCAGACCCAAAAUGAGAGAGUCUACAAUCAAGGGUAAAAAAUUGGACAUUUCUAUUGGACAUAAGAAUCUCACAUUGGAUAGCCAAUAUCUGGAAAACUAUAGUCGUCAUGCUAAGAGUUAAAAUAAGAAUUAUAAGGUUUGA